GUCUGACACGCACCGGCCGUGUAAAACAACACCCAGAGGCGGAAUAAAGUUGUAUUACCAGAGGAAAAAAAAAAAGCCAAAAAAAAAAAAAAACAGGAUUAUUUGUAACCCGGAGUGAGUGGAACUUUAUCAACAUUUUUUUUUUUUAUCUUUAAAAAAAAAAAAGAAGGUCUUUUUCCACACAAAAAAAUCUGGGAAGAAUUGUCACCAUGAGGAUUUGGACUGUGGUGCUUUUACUGCUUCACUCUCUGGUGGCGUCCAGACAGGCGUGCGGCGCGGCGGUGGACAGGUACGACAGCGACAGGCAGCAGCACACGGCUGUCAUCAACUUCCUGGAUGUGAGCGAGGACAGAAGGCCGGGGGAGGAGGAGGAGGAGGAGCGCACAGGAGAAGCCGCUAUGUUGGAGGAGGAUGAGGAGUAUGGAGAUGAAUACUACUAUGAUGGAGAGGAUUAUGAUGAAAGCACAUCCGGGGAUUAUGAAACGGAAGUGCCAAGAGUCGCUAUGUCGAGCAAACCCAAAGAUCCAUCUGCCAUCCUGGAGGCGGAAAACCCGGAGGGAGCGAGAAGAAGAGCGAAAGGGCGAAAGCGGGGGAAGGGGAAAGGAAAGAAGAGGGAUCCCUGCCUGAGGAAGUACAAAGACUUCUGCAUUCACGGCACCUGUCGGUACCUGAGAGACCUCCGACAGCCAUCGUGUGUGUGUCACCUGAGCUACUCCGGGAAAAGGUGUGAGUUCUUCACCCUGCCUGUGGAGAAGCCUCAGGAGGGCUACAACCGCACCACCGCUCUGGCUGUUGUCGCUGUGGUGCUGUCGUCCAUCUGCCUGACCAUCAUCGGCCUUUUACUCAUGCUCAGGUUUCACAAGCGGGGAGCGUAUGAUGUAGAGAGUGAGGAGAAAGUCAAGUUAGGGUUAGCGUCCAGCCACUGAAGAGACAAAGAAGGGCAAAGGAGUGGAGAUACUACCUCAAAAUAGAAGGAUAAGAGAAGAAGGGUCCUCCAGAACAUGAAAGGAACGCAGACAGAUGAAGAAAGGGAACAGAGGGUGUCGGCUUCACCCUUUGCUGGAUGUUCACAUUCACAAAAUAUGGACAGCUCAGCGUUUUCCUGUCGGCCUCGGGGAGAAGACGGCCACAUCUGAAAGUGGAAAUACUGCACAGGCCGCAGGGUGGACUAGAAUGGAGAAGUGCGAGCACCGAGGAAGGAGAAGGAAAGGAAGACGAAGAAGGAACAUUUGCUGCUUCCUGACUGUGUGAAGUCAACUUUCAGACUGAACUGAAUCCAUUUCAUUAACAACGAGAGCACAAUCUGGAAAUUUUUGUCUGGAAAAAAACAAAAAAACAAACAGGCAGCAUUUUAUAUUUUCCCGCACAAGUGCAUUAUUUUUAUUUUUUUUUCUUCCUGUACAGUAAACGGUUAUAUUUAUACAUUUAAUUUAUUUAUUUAAGCUAACUGUAUUUAUGUAGGUUUAAUUAACCUCCUUCAACAAUUCAACAUGGAUGUUACAGUUGUUUUGUAUUCCUUAUUGGACAUUAUUUAUUACAAAGAACAAAAAAAAACAAAAAACAAUGCUCCGAGCCCCAGGAGGCAAAAUGUAUGAUUCAAAAACAAAUGUAAAAAGUGCCUUUAAUUUUGGCACUCAGAACAUAAUUGAUGGCACUCUGAUUUUUUUUU